UCCAACACAAUCCAGUACAGAAGUCUGGGACGUAAAAGUAGUGUCGCUGUGUUUCCGAGUAAUCUAAUGUGCACCUGUGUACAGAUUCCUAGUUUCUCGUAAACACGAAGCGUUUCACUUGAAAUACUUUUUCUGUACGCUUCUGUGUUGCUUCUCACAUGCCGCAGUUUACAUGAAAAGUGAAAUGGAGAAAUUCCUUUCAACAUGCAAGAAGAAUUUGGAUAAUUUAGAUUCAUUUGCAAAGGUCCAUGUCGUGCUUGGAAAUGAAUCCUGUGACUUGGAUUCAGCUGUCUCAACAAUUGUCACAGCCUAUCUCUUACAUGAACUUCAACCAGUUAGCAAUGUCCUUGUUCUGCCUGUCCUUAAUGUCUGCAAGAAAGACAUAAAGCUCAGAACCGAGAUAACCUAUUUCUUUGAGCAAGUUGACCUCUCAUUCGACAUCAUGGUCUACAGGGAUGAUAUUGACUUAAAGAAGUUGCACUCACAGAACAAGCUAUCACUGACACUAGUUGACCACAACUUACUUCCACAAGAAGAUGCAGAGCUUCAGUGUGCUGUGAAAGAAAUUAUUGAUCACCACAGACUUGAGACAUCUCACAGGUGUGAUAAGACAGUUGAAAUGGUGGGAUCCUGUAGCACCCUAGUUGCUGAAAAAGUACUGCAUUCCAAAGCUGAUCUCAUCGACCCACAAAUUGCAUUGUUGCUUUUCGGUACAAUCUUGCUGGAUACGGUUUGCCUCUCAGAAUCGGCACGAAAGGCAACGCCGAAAGACAGGAAUGUAAUUUCAAAGUUGCAGGAAUUGUUGCCUGAAGUAACGCAGGAAGAAGUUUUCAAGUCUUUGCAGACGUCAAAAAACAACGUUUCUGGUCUUACUUUGGAUGAACUCCUACGUAGAGAUUUAAAGGCUGUAAGCACAGCCACAAAACAUAUUGCUAUUUCUUCCAUUCCCGGAGAAAUCAAGAGCCUUGGGCAACAGAACGGCAUCGAGGGAAAACUGGGUCAGUUUUGCAAAGAUCACGGCUACAAUGCACUGGUUGUUUUAAGCGUGAAACUCGAUGAAAAAUGUAAUGGAGUACAAAGAGGGCUGGCUGUAUUUUCGUACGACGUCUUACUCAGACAGCAGAUCACCUCCGCACUGAUGGCUGUUGCUGAGCCAUGCUUGGAACUUGAAUUGUGUGGUUUGUCAACAGACAAUUUCAUCUCCUUUGCACAAAAGAACUGCCAUGCAUCUCGCAAAGUUGUUCUUCCUGUGAUUCGAAAGUUCCUUCUAUCUCUCGAAGACAAUGUGCUGCCCAAAGCAUCUGAUCAACCUGUGACCAAUGGCAUCCCUUCCGGUGAACGCUUGACCAUGGCCAGCAAUCAAAGUCCAGAUGACUUCACGCUGAGCGAGCAGCCGUUGUCACCUCAAAACUCUUCCAGCAGUGCCUCUGAAACAGCAAAAGAUGGUGGGGCAGAAAAACAUGAAGAUUCGUCUGUAUUGGCGGACCCCUUCCCUGAGCAUCCUUCAUUGUACAAAGCACAGACUGUCGACUUUCCUGAGUGUCCACAACAUACAAAGUCUGGUCAAACCAGGCUUGGCUCUGUUGGUCUCGAUGACGAUACUGAUGAUGACAUACUGUCAAGAGGAGAUCAACCAUCAAUUUCUGAAAUGAAAAGAGGUACCAAGAGCUGCUCAGGGGACUCGGACAUUCAGCAUCUCAGCCUUGCCUCAGAUGUUGAGGAGUAUUUUGAAGACAGCUUUGCUACACAAGGUCUGAAAGUGUACAACGAAAAACAGCACACGGGUCGUACAUUCUCGUCUGUGAACUCUGACUGCCCUGAUGUGUCUUCUGGUUUGUCUGAAGAAAAUGUGCCAAAUGUGUCUGAAGAUAGUGUGGACUGCCAUUUUGAAUCCCCGCAUACGGAUAGAGUGAGCCCAAUGUUCUCGACCCCAGUGCACAGUCCUUCAGGGUGUACAGAAGACAAACGAGGUGGUUUCCUCUUCAAAGAAAAAGCAUCGGGAGAGGGUCCCGACCCGGAGCUGGUGAAAAAAGUAAUGCGAUGUUUCGAUGAGGACAAGAUAAAAGGCAUCUAUAGCUUCACCUGCCAUCUCGAUGAUAUCUUGUCACCUGAUGAGGUGAAUGAAAUUUUAGAUAAUCACUCGGCCUAUUCUGGUUAUAUUGAUGACAGUAUAUUUGAAGCUCUUUCUAUUAUAAGAUCUGAUGUGUCAUGUGAUAGCAAUGCUAGGGCUUCUGAGACAAAUGGUAAGGAAGUUGUGCCGCUUGCAAGUUCCAUCAGAGAUGUUCUAGAGGACAUAGGCUUCAAAGCAACAUGUGAUGCUCCUGGAAAAGACUGCAUUAAAGCAGAGAAUGAAGCUACAGGAACGGAUGAUACUGGGGAUCAGCAACAACAGCAGCAAGAUGAGCAGAUGAAGACACAAGAUGAGCUAAACAACAGUCGUCUAAAUUUGACAAAGAUUGAUGCUCCAGUAUCGCUGCUGCUUGAAGGCUACAGUGCCUCAACUACAGAUUCUAGUGACUUGCCAGACCAUUCUGCACUGACCAUUGAUCUCCCACACUCUGUGCCACAAUCUCUGGAUGAGGCAUCAGUUUUUGCACAUCCAGAAAGGAAUCUGAGGGCUGAGGGAAGCAGAAAUGUUCCAGAGAACUGUCAACGUGACAACAUUGCUGUGGAUGAUGGCCUUUCUCAAGUUGAUUCUCAUACCCUACAAAAAGCAGAAAGGCCAUCAACUCUCAGUGGUGGAGACGGUCGCAAGCGGAAGAUUAAGGUAAAUCCGGAUAUUCUGCACUCCAGCAUAGGUUUUGAUGAUGACCAGAAAAGCUUAUCGUCAAUCAGCAACAGAAGUGACUGUGGUGUGUCAUCCCCUGUGGAUGGCCUCUCAACACCUGAUAUAGAUACCCCAGAUGAAAUGGAUGAUUCUGUCUUGGAGCGAGAUGACUCUACGCUGAGCGAGCCCAUUCCAGAGUUGUCUGCCAUGGAGGAAUUUCAGGAGGAAAGGAGCUGGAGGACCUGCACUGUAGGCGGUCUAGAGCGAAAAGUUGACAUGAAGGUCAUUGAACCAUACAAGAAAGUACUUUCCCAUGGAGGCUACUUUGGAGAGGAUCGACACGCAAUUAUUGUCUUCAGCGCUUGUUACUUACCAGACAGGAGCCGCAAAGACUAUGACUACGUCAUGGACAACCUAUUUCUGUACGUGCUGACAACUCUAGAUCAGCUUGUUGCAGAAGACUAUGUGCUCAUCUAUCUACAUGGAGCUACAGAAAGAAGUGCCAUGCCCAGCUUUGGUUGGCUUAAAAGAUGCUACCAGAUGAUUGACAGACGAUUAAGAAAGAACUUGAAAGGGCUGUACCUUGUGCAUCCAACAUUUUGGGUGAAAACCAUUGUGAUUAUGACAAGGCCCUUCAUAAGCUCUAAAUUCUAUCGGAAGCUGGCAUUUGUGAACAGCUUGGAAGAGUUGGGUGGCUUGGUACCGAUGGAGUAUGUCUGCAUUCCUGACAAAGUAAAACAGCUGGAGUUCGAAAACAUGAUUAAAGAAAAGAAGCGAAAGCUUGGAAACCGAAAAAUUGUUCCAGGCCCAAGGAUACCCAUUGAAGAUUCUUGAGGUACCUCUGGCAUGUGGCAAAGGGAUAAAGUUCCCAGCUGUCAUGUGAAUGCCCUUCUUAUGAGUUUUAAACUAUGUAGGAUUAUUAUUUUUGAGUAUCAGUUCAUUGUAGAGCAAAUAAACCCAGUGAUGUUGAGUUUAAAAGAAAUCUACGUGCAGCUGAACUAUGGAACAUUACCAAGAUGGCUGCACUAUAAAGUCCCACUCUCCUAAUGAAUUACUGCAAAUACAUGGUUUGUGAAUGCUUUCUUUGUCAUGACAAUGUAAAAAAUUUUAUGUGAUAAUUUAUUAAUUGUUCUAAUUGAGAUUCAGCCAUGAAAUGUAGGUUUGUGCUUAUUUGGUGAAGUGUAACGUGAGCCCCAGCAAUAUUUUGCUUAAUCUGUUGUAAAACAAGCAAAUAUCAGUGUUCUACAGUGAAAUCAGUGGAUCAAAACACCGACAUGCGUAGCGGUUUUCCUGCUGUCAGUUCAAAUGGAAUGCACAACUACAACACGAUGAGCUGGCAACUUUGCUUUGUUCACCCUUCACAUGAUGCAUAUUAAUGUUGAAAUCUUGAAGUAUAAAUAUCAAUAUGCACAUAAAAUGCAUGCUACAAGAGAGCAUUACACACUAUUGUUGAGAUAUGCAUUAAAACAAGUGGCAAUAAUCAUUUAUAGAUAGUUUUUACAGAUGAUAAGCACUGCAGGAAAACCAAAAAAGUGAAAGAACUCUCACUAAAAGUUUAAAACUAUUCGUUUAUCUCGGAGAUAGUUUGUUUCAUAAUUCUUAUUAGUGCUUAAUUCAGUGACAUUAUGUAUUGCGAGCUUCUUCCUGCUUGCUACCCUAGUGCUUACCUUAACUACUCCCACAGUAAGCUUUGGGCAUUAACAAUGAGAGAAUGAUUCGUUAUUGGUAUUUUGUGCAUAGACCACUCUACCCUGUGUGAUGACUGAGUAACUUAUUCUGUAAAGGGCAUUGCAAUUACAAUGUGACUGUGAAGUGCCACUCACAUCCUGAAACAUAUGUAUGUUCUUCAUCCACCAUUACACCACAAUCAAUUAACAUCACAACUUCUGGCACAACUUCAGCAUCGCUACCUAUGUUACUAAACAUCAGAAUGUGUUUGUAGUUCUGGAAUAAGCAUGUCGCAAGCCUGUGAUGCACCUGUGUAGCAAUUAGAAAAACUCAUACUUUUUCUAGCAAGAAUAAUACUAAGUCAACAUUUUAACAGUGCCCACUUUUUGUGCACCCUUAUUAUGUCGUUACCCUCUAACGGUUGCUGUUCAACCAUACGUAGCUGCAGUAUUACUCCCGUGACACCAGUAGCACUACAGCAAAAUAAUUUUAAUAGGAUAUGCGCCUUGUUUGUCAUAAUAUGUUGUGGCGUUGUGAUUAUGCUUGCAGAACAACAUAAGAAUUAACACUAUGUAUUCCAUGCAUAGCACUGGCACUAUCACAACAUCAUUUGAUGGGGAUAUAUGCUCAGCUUAUGAGAUGUAUGAGAACCCUGCUAUGCUUGGUCUAGAGCCAUAAGAGUCAUGUUUAACACACCCAAUGUAUGAGUACGAGAAUAGCAGGAGUUGUACAAAUAGGGUACAAUUAGAAUGUUUCUUUUUUUUCUUUUUUUUUUUAGAACACAUGGUAGGCAUGAUAUGUUACAUAACUCAUGAGAUAACAGAUUUGUUAGAACUCAACAAGUAUUAAAAAAAUCUGGUUGCAUGGCACUCACACAUGAGUGAAGUUCUAAUUUGAAAUGCAUUCCUAUGGCUAUUCAUGUUGCUGGUGUGACAGGAAGACAUAAGACAGCAACAGCAGCGUAUACAGUCAAACCUCGAUAUAACGAAACUCACGAUUUAUUUUGUUGUUACAGAGGAUUUUGUUGUAUCGAGCCUGUUGAAAUAUUGCAGAUAAUUGAGGCAGGGAAUACAAGUUAUUUUGUUGUACUGCGAAUUUCAAUCUAUAUAAUUUUGUUAUAUUGAGGUUUGUCUGUAGUACAAGGGCAGAGCACAUAUCCCAUUAACCCUUUGAAGGGCACUACAUUUAGAAUACAUUUUUUUGUCAUAAUACUUUGUCCUGUGCCUCAUGACAUCUUCCUGAUAUCCGCCAGACAUUUUUUUCACGAAUAUUUCGUUUACCUUUCAAGAUACAGGGUGGUACUACACGUAUGAAACCAGCGCACAUUUGGUGUCAAAACAUCACCUCGUAUGAUGGUCUAGGAAACAGUUGCGUCCCUGCAUCAUGCAAAGCCCGACAUUGUACAUUUGAUGUCAAAACAUCUCGUAUGAGACCUCGUAUGAUAGUCUAGCAAAUCCGAUCAACAAAGAACGAAGAUGUUGACCAACACACGCUUCUUUUUCUUCACUUUGAUUUUCCCGCGUGCGCCUUGGCGGGAAACGAGCGCGUUUGCACCGGCAUCCCCGGGAUGGCGCUCCCUGAGCUGUCUGCUGACGUUGUUUCAAUGCAAUACCACUGCGUGCUUGAGGUACAGAAGGCGAAACAUGGGUGGUAUCAGCAUGAAACCACCGCAUUUUUUAGUACUAUAUAUUAGAACUCAAGUAAUAGUAAUUUAAUAUGCCACCAGUAUAUGAAAAGGCCUGCUAGGUAUUACAAAAAUAGUGGAUACAACCUUUAAAACACAUCUUUACAACUACUGACAAAAGUGGAAUAAGAACAAUUAAAUAAGUGCAGUUUUCAUAAUGCUGAACAAGUCCCAUUUAGAUUUUUCUUUUAUAAUGCUGAAAGAAUAAGAAACUAUGAGGUUAAUUUUGUCUUUCAAACAAGCAUCCUGUACAUGCACAAUGUUAACUUAGUUGAUCCAUAAUGCCUCGAGUUCAGUCACAAAGCAAACGUCAAACUCAAAGCUGACGUCAAAACUGUGUAACCUACUCUUCACAGCCCAUCAUCUGAGACCAUUCAGCUCCACAUGAUUCUUUGUGGUAUGAUGGUGAAUGAUGUUUGUGAAGUCUGUUCUGAUUGAGCAAGCAAACUUAUCUCUAAAGGACAGUUUUCGACAAGGAGUAACAAACCUUGUCUUCCAAUACAGAUAAUUAUUGACAAGUGUUAAAAACUUCAUUGCUUUCACCAUGAAGAAGCCUAUCGGUGAACUGGAUGAGACUGUCCACCCAGGGUAGCUAUCGUCAGAGUGUAUGACACAACACCACAUUUCUGGUGCAGUGUGCCGUGUGCAGUGUGGUCCAAUGAUGCCAUUCAGUUGUUUUUCAUGUCUACUAUGGCAGUACAUGUUUUGUCUGCUCUCAAAGCCCAGUUCAGUGUGCAAUAUGUCUUUGCAUCAUAGAGGUGGUAGAAAAGUAGAGGAAAAUUCUACAUGACAAACAAAAUGCAGGCUCCAUUCUUAGAAAGACUGAGUCGAGCAGCUCCCAGGCAGUUCUGUGCACUUCAUGUGGUUUGAUACAGAAGUUUCAUGUUCAGAUACAUGAAAUUUGUGACAAAAUACAAUGCACUAUGCACCUCAACCUGUUGUGCUUAGCUAUUGGCAUAGCACCUGUUUUUGUGAAUAGUAACAGUUACCCCACAGCUAUUCGAGGUUAGAAGACUGGAGGGAUACAAAACCUGAAGCAGGUUUCAGAUUCAUGAGCCAAGGCAUAGAGACUGGGUAUGGUAAUGAUACAUGGUGAAGAAACAGCCAAACACACACAAUAAGGGAACACAGCAGGACAGUACAACUGCUACCUCACAACCAACAGUUUAGCUCACAGCAUGCAAAUCUUAAAUAUAUCUACAUGAGCAAUGCAAACCGAAAACAUGUAUGGGCAUCACAUGCCACAUGUACCUUGAAACCAGCAUUCUUUUCUUUUAUCCCCCCUCUCUAGAUAAGAAGAGUCACCCUAGAUAAUAAAUUUCUGGUGGAAGGAACAAACUCCUGCAUUAGUAUGCCUUGGAUAAAAUUACUUCUACCAGAAAGUGAUUGCGUACCUAUCUAGGGUGACACUCCUUAUUUCAAGAGAGGGAAUAAAAGCUGUUAUCAAGGAAUGUGGCGUGUGAUACACAUACAGGUUUCUGUUUUGCAUUACUCAUGUAGAUUUAUUAAGCUUGGUGCGCUGUUAGUAACUAUUAGUGUCGGAGUUAGCAGUUGUACUGUCCUGCUGUGUUCUCUUGUCUGUGUGUUUGGCUGCUUUCUUCGCCAUGCUUCAAAUUCAAGCUGGAAUACUGGAAAAUCUAUUUGAUUAUAGGUGCAGAUAUGCACAAAGUGUCUCGUGCACACUGAGAAGGCUUUCGCCCCUAUCUGGGAAAUUACACAUGUGCAACAGAUAUAUCAGAUUUUCAAGGUUCAAGUGCACUUAUGAAGGAGAAAAACAUAUCAUAAAGAGACCUGAAAUCUGCAACAAGAUGUCUUGGCAAAAUUGAAAGUAAUAACUACUUGUUGGCUAACAUACUAUGGACAUUGAUCUUGGAGCAAUACCAUAACUUUCUUUUGACACACUCAUCACAUGGUUUACGGUUCACAUCAGACCUGAUGAGGCAAAAAGUAGAAACCACAAAUGUGGUGGUAAGUUCAGUAACUUACUCACUUUUAAGUCAUGUAAAUGUCAAUGUGGCUUACUGUUGUUGAUAGUUCUUUGCUCUGAAAGUGAGAUACCCGUUACACCGACACUACUAUCCGAGAUAUUUGAAAUAGUCGUCGAUUUGGAGUCAUGUUUACACAUUGUAGUCGUCUCUAAGCUUACCAGUUGAGGUGUUUCUGGGAGCCUAUUUUCUGGAUUUGGUGACGUAUUUGAGAAAUUUGGAUUCAAAAUUAUUUGAUUUGCCGACACAAAUUUACUUUCCAGAAUUGAUUUGGACUGGAUUUACGAUUAUUGAUAAAAUGGGUUAUUUACAUGGAUGCGAUUUACAUCGUGAAAUCCACAUUAUUGCCACACUGACAGCGACUCGCAAUGCAAAUGCACACUGCAAUGCAGCGACUAGCAAAUUUGAGCUUUGCUCAAAUUUUGGUGCCUAAAUAAUUUAAUUUCAGAAACACGCAACUCAGACAACAGAACGCUCCACUAGAAUUAACAGACCUCGUUUUUAGGGUCCCACACUACUUUGAGACUUUCACUUCAGCAAGUACAGUCAACACCUGAUUUUUAUUAUGCCAUCCAUCGUUUUGAAAGGCUAUUGUACUGCACAUGUUGACACUGCUGUAUUCCAACUGCUGUUUCAUACCAACGUCCAGGAAGUGGCAGAAAUUACUCCCAGUAUGUCUUCUAACUUGUUCACAAAUUCAGCAAAGUAUAUGUGCAAGCAGCGUAAUGCACAACAAUACGUCUGAAGCUCGACUCAAUUUAUAAGUACAGUAAGUUUACGAAACACGGCACUGGCAUAUUUCUUCAUCGGAGCGGCACCCUGCACGCUAUCAGGAAGUAAUCGAAUAAGCAACAGGCUAUUGGGUAUCCAUCUCUCGGUAUUUGUGUCCAUUCCUGUUUGCUGAUAGGGUGUUUUUCAAUGGAGAAAUGCGACAUCCUGGUGUUCCGUAAACUUUUGUUCCAAGCUGUACUAUGUAGAACUGUACACAUGCUGAUGUGUCAGUCAAGAGCUCAGUAUCCUUUCAUAUCCCCAGCAGGCUAUAUUUGAACCACCACAGCGGCCUGAAGGUGCAAGGACCCUAAAGUCUUAAGACCCUUAAUACAGCCCCCUGAAUACAAUGCAUGUGUAUUUCAACAGUGACGUUCUUGUUAUACCACUAGACUUCAUAAUGUAAGAGGUGAUGUACCCAGUUGUAUUAGAGCUGUGAUUACACAUAGGUUGUGCUGUGAAAAUUGCCUAAAAGUUGAAGAAAUAAACAUUUAGCCUUUGUGACAGAAGCAAAGUGGCUGCUUAAAAACCGUAUAUUUGCAGUAUUGAGGAGAUAUGUCCUCCUAGCAACGGGGCCUUUCUUGGUUUAAGAACAGACACUAGUACAGGCUGAAGUUGCCUGGUACCCUUCUUCUCAUAGUGAGUCUAUGGUUUGCAUGUAUGUGUUUCCUGGUACAAAAAUUGGAGUGGUGUGAAGUGCUUAGAAUUAUUGCAGGAGAAACCAGUAGGUGUGUGUGUGCUUUGUGAUAGUGUUGUACAUUUUCAGAGUCUAUUGGCAAAGGUUGAGCUAUUUAAAAGUCUAUAAUGUUGUUUAAUUCUGCUCUUACGAAGCAGUUUCGUACUUACUGGUACCGCAUAACCAUUUAUACCUUGCAAUAAGCCCGUGCACAUAGCUUGGACCUUAGUUUAACAGUGUAUCACCUUGAAGGGUAACUAAUAAAAGUAAUAAGCUACUAAGUAAAGCAACUAAAGUGAGGCAUGCCAUGUCUUUGCUCAUGCAAGAGCAAAAAUAUUUGGUUUAUGUAAAACAAGAACAUUGUUGUGGUAUGAAUACAUAAGAGUGUUCCACCCGACUUCACUUUCCCAUGCCAAUAGUGUUUUACUAGCUACAUAUUUAAUUACAAUCUCCUUUAGAUAGCAACAUAGCUCAAAAGUGACACUAAAAAACAAAGCCAGCUGUACAAAAUGCAGUUCCAUGUGUUUUAACUUUUCUGGUGUUAUACACAAGGGUGAUAACACCCGCAUUAUACAUGCGCCUUGAGCUUCAGUCAUGCCCUGUGAACACGAUUCCUUUUGUAUCUGGGCUUACCUCAUGAAAUUAUCGGAAAGUGCUGGCAUAAAGUAUAUUGUGUACAGAAGGAAAAAUAAAAAAUCUGCUGUGAUUAUUU